AUGCCCGCCUCUGACAAGGUUUGCGUUUCUCAUGUUUGUGAAGUUGUUUCGUUAGGCACCUGGCUGUGAUCUCGCCCAAAGGAGUAAUUCGGACUUUGUUAUUGACGGCAAGUGGAAACUUGUCCGAAAAAUUGGAAGCGGUUCUUUCGGCGAGAUUUUUUUGGGCAUUAACAUACAGAACGGCGAGGAGGUGGCGGUUAAACUUGAGAAAGUUACCGCUAAACACCCGCAACUGUUCUUCGAGGCCAAAGUCUACCGUGUUUUGACGGUAAUCUUUUUUGUUAUUUAUUUUUUUCAAGGAGACCCCUGGGUUGCCGCACAUCCACUACUACGGCCUCGACGGCGUCAAUAAUGCCUAUAACGCUCUUGUCAUGGAUCUCCUUGGCCCAAGCCUUGAGGACCUCUUUAACUUCUGCGGCAGAUGUUUUACUAUGAAGACGGUUUUGAUGCUGGUGGACCAGAUGCUCUGGCGAAUUGAGUUUGUCCAUAGUCGCCAUUUUCUCCACAGAGAUAUCAAGCCUGACAACUUCUUGAUGGGCAUUGGGAAACAUUGCAACAAGCUUUUUAUUAUUGACUUCGGUCUGGCUAAAAAGUACAGGUAUUAACUAUUAGUUUCGUGUAUGCUCCUUUGAACUUCCCACCUUUUCUCAUGCAACCAUUCGGUUGUUCGAUUGACGACGAUCCAUAAGUUGUUGGGGAUGCUAAGUAAUCCUGUUUCUUGUUACCAGACUUUUAUCACAGUAUUAAUCACUUUUUUAAUCGCUUAUUUUACUUUUGAGGCUUAUUCUGAGUCCGUGUACUAAUGCGUCUUCUAUCAGUUUUUUGUCUCUUGAUGUGUCCUGAUAACAAAAUGCCCUUCUGACACUACUCUGACGGACAAUGUUCCGUCUCAUUCCCCCUACGUAUUUAAAUUGCACUUUCUCCCUUCCUUUUCCUUGAAGUUUCAUAAGGGGUGGGAAAUCAUCUCCAUUUGUCAAUGGUCUGCUUUUUUACUCCUCAAUUACAGGCGUGAAAGCGUACUUGUGAAGUGCAGGACUAGUAAUUGCACAUGUGCCAGUCUGGGAAGCCACACAAAUUAUUAUUAUUAUUUCUGGAUACAUUGCGUGUUCUAGCUGGCUUCAAUUAUGCCUCUGCCCGAACGGAAAUUUUUUUGGAAAUGGUCCAGUCUGUUUGGCCGUGUGAUGAUGGCUAUUAAGCCAUAUAUAGCAAUUCCAGCCUCGGUCGUCUCCGGCCUCAUUAUUUAUCUUUAUGCGAUUUUCUGCGGAUCUCUUAAUUGAACUUCAAGCUGGAAGACGACGCGCACGUUCCUGACCCUGAUUUGUGGAGGACCUUCCUGUGACCUCCAGCCUGUCCAUCUUACCAUCGAACCCAACAUGCGCUAGUUAGUUUCGGUCAAAGUAGUGGGCUCAUCCGGACCGUCGCAUUUACGGACAAAAUUCAGAUAAGUUUCAGAAGACGGAAGACAGUGGUUAGAGGGCUUAGUUCUGUACAAAGGGAUCCCGAUAUUGACGAUAUACCGUCCCCUUCGUAUUUAUCGGUCUACGGGCUUCUUUUUGACUAAAAACUGUUUUGUUUCUGGCUGCCGGAGCUUGCUGGUUUCAUUUUUCUCAUCUAUUUUUCCGUCCAGCGUCUUUAACUGCAUUAGUUCUCAGGUCUUUGCUAUUACGCCGUAGGCUUGAUGUCCAGUAGGUCGCACAAUUUUUCUAUUGCAUUCGCCAUGAACACUUUAGCAGUUUAGUUCGUAAACCGUCUUGUGUCCCAGCAACUAUCUUGUCGUUGCGUUUGCCUUUUUUGUUUUUGGCCACAGGACUUAGGACGGACUCUGUUUGUACAUGCAUUUAAAAGGAUAUCUUGUUUACCUUCGUUUUAGAGAUGCCCGGACGCACCGUCAUAUUCCUUACCGGGAAAACAAAGCCUUAACCGGCACGGCCCGUUAUACCAGUAUUAACGCCCAUGCGGGCAUCGAACAGUCGCGUCGUGAUGAUCUCGAGUCGCUAGGCUACGUUUUGAUGUACUUCCUUCGAGGUUCACUACCAUGGCAGGGGUUAAGGGUGAGUAGAUAAUGCACUUAAGCUAGUACUCGUAACGUUAUUAACUAUGUCGAAUGUUGUUCAAACUAGUUUCCUUUUAAAAGCCACUACUUCUAAGGCGUCUUGCGAAACGAAUUCGGUUACACUUUGAAUUUAUCCUCCAAUUUGGCUGUAAACUUUGUGAUCAUGACGUGUGUUGCUCCUGCUUGUGACUGAAGUUUUUCCCGCGCGGCUUCAGGCAUUUGGCCUAAAAACAUAAACAGUAAGCUUUGUCACCCCGCAUUUCAGUGUUAUCCACUUUCAGGAGUUUGCAGUACGCAUCCCUAAAAGUAAACAUCGUGUGCUCUGGAUCACUAAAUAAUUUUUUGUCUGGAUAUGAUACUCAGACUGAUUUGUCAACAAUUCCCUGGCCUCGCAAUUUGAAAAAAAAUAAAUUGACGAAAUUUUAAGUUUGGACGCUGUUCAUCGACGGACGUAUAGAUAUGGCAAAAAUUGGGAACCAGAGCUACUGCAACUCCUCCCUGCAGGCACGCCGCUUACUUCGUAGUUUUAGAUCCAGUGUUCGUUAGUCUGUGAAUUAGAGAGCACGUGGUUUCAAAUGUUUGAGCGAGCUUGUUUUUACAUAAGUCGACCAUUUUUGUCGGAAUUUCAGUCUUAACAUCAUUAAGCCGUACAGUAUCUUCCACGCCAGGAACAAUGAAAAAAUGAAUACUUUCUUCGGUCAGUCGCCAAACUUUUUUGUCAUACCAUUCCGAUUAACUGAUCUGUUUGUUAUCUGCGCCACUGUUUAGCACUUUCGCCCCUUUCUGUAGUUAGAGUUGCUUGGAAGAACGAUCAUUUGCUUUAAUACGAGUUGCCGAUCACGAGUUGGGAAUAUUUGGGAUGCCUGAUACAAAGUGCGUAUAAGUAAAUUUCUCCUUUGUGGUAAUGGUCACGACGGUUCAUCAGCAUUGUGUCCUUUAAGCACUGAGGGCUCUGGGCAGAUGGUUUUCAUGUCGCCCGAGCUUUGGAUCCGUGCACCAAAACCACCCGAUUGCAAAUGCUAUAAACAUAUGCUUUUCCUUGUCUCACAGCAGUCUUGUAGACGCGGUAGCUGACGAACAUUAACACGAGUUGUCCUUGUAUUUGAUAUUCAGGAAGUCCACUGUCGUAUGCAUCUGUUGGAUUGACACCCUAUGCACAAACAUCCAAUCCUUGGCUACUGGGUACGCUGGAGUCUAAUCUCGUGGGAUUUUUUUUGUCAAGACAUUGUACUGACAAGCAAUGUCAUUUCUCGUGCAACGAGGCCUUUUUCACAUGCGCUCACAUAUAAGUUUGUAAUUACGGCACACCGUUGGUACACAGCGCUCACGACUUAAUAUCGUAAAAAUUGAAGUAGCAUUACAUGUGAUCUUAGGUGCGGUGUUAUGCCUUUGGCGAAUCACCUGAUAGCUGCCGCUUUAUAAACAGAAGUUGCCCCGCCAAGAUGUUCGAAUUGUCCCCGCCCCUGAAAUCAUCUUGCCUCUAUCUGACUCCCGUGUUCCAUCCAGCUAAUUCUUCCUGGAUAAUUGAAUUUACGUAGGCCUCACAGCGCGAUGGUUUAAUCUGUCGCUCAUGUUUGUGAGUUGUCGGCAGUUUUUUCUGUUUUUUUUUGAGUUUACCAUGUAGGUGUUGGGCAGAUCCUUGUUCGCACUUUGUCAUGAUCCCGGUGGUGUUUGCCCGUUUGGAAACAUUUGCCCACCUGAAAAGCCGUUUCCUAUGACCGCGAAGUAGUUAUUCUUCUCCUUGUUGCAACCGUGUGUUGUUCCUAGAACCUUUUAUUUUCAACCUUCGGAAUCUAGUAGGUUUGUGAUAGCAACACGCGCUCGUAUAAUGUUGUACAUGUCUUGUGGCCAGUCUUGCUCUGGAAUGAGAGAAAUGUGUUCGUGAGAUUACCGUGCUCUGUCUGACGACGAAGACCGUCUGGCUCGAAGGGGCAUCAGCAGCCUCAGUGUCUAUUUUCCUGUUUUCGAUCCCUUUAGUCAAUUGCCAGAAAAGAAUACUUUCUCUUCUUCGGUUUUGAAGUUUUUAUGCUGUUUUGUCACUGUUUUUUUUCGCAGAUAAUAGCUUUGGUCGUAUUUGUUGAUUGAUACAUACAUGCGUCCUCGUUGUCUAGAAAGUUAGCUUUAUCAUCAAAAACGUACAGCUAAUAAUACUCCUGACUAAUCAGGGAAAAAUUCACAAAUGUUCUAUUCUAACGUAUUUUGCGGAUGAGUACACGUGCUGGGGUACUUUCAGCGAUCAAACUGAAAAAUUUUCAUUGUGCAUUUUUUUGCCUUUUUAUUACUGAUACAUUUAGUCCAGUUGACAAAGAAACCAUUGAUUUCUUCAAUUUUGAGACCCUUUUUUUAUCCCUGCUUACUUCGAGAUACGUUACAAAUUUGGUCUGUGAACAUAGGUCUAUUAUUCAAACGAAUGACGCGCCACCUGUUCAUUUUGCCAAGCACAUCAAGUUAAAAGGAAUCAUAAGUGCAUAUUGUCAUGUGCGGAAGUUAGAUCUGACAGUUUGAUCAUCUUGACAACGUGCACUGCGUGACGCACGGAUUGGUGGACGCAGGACAGUGAUUUGCUUGCUAGAUAGUUUAUGAUGGUAAUGGACUUUCACAGCACUCUCCUACCUCACUCACCUAGGCCCGGCGACAACACAGUUAAGACGACCGGAGACGGAUUCAGGCGCGGUGGCUGGCAGCUCGUCUACGCACAAUAUACCAGGUUUUCGCAAAAAGGAGCGAAUUGGGUCCCACGUGAAUUAGAACAUCAUAAGAACCAGAGUAAGAAAAAGCCGUUUAGCCCGACUCAGUUCACCGGCCGCUCACCACACAUACGCAUAAUUUACUGACCACAUGGGCUCAGUUAUCCCGUCGGUUAGCAACUUUCCAAAUUCUGAUUUUUGCGCUCCUUGCGGAUUCAAUUUCGUCAGAUUUUUUAUAGUAAAAAGUACACUGAUGUGCCUUGGGGGCAGAUUCCGUAGUGUCGGCUUCACUGUCUUCCCUCUCCCAUACGCCAAUCGACUAUCCGAGGCUGCCAGCCAACUGCCGGUGGAAUUGGGUGCAGUUCCUAUCAGAACAAUGGUAGCCCGUCUACCCGUGCUACCCAUGAUCUGGCGAGUAAGUCGUACACCGGAGUACAGUAACGAACACGCGCCUACUUGCGUGAGAGGUUAAUGAUCUGAACUUCCAACGCUUGGCGUGGAGCGGAUUUUUGGGACCUGUUAGACGAGGUUUACUGACGGGUUUGAACAGAUUUUUAUGUAAACGCACAUGGCCUAAUAGGCCAAUGCGAUGACUGAAUGCCCCAGCACUGGUGCAUCAGCCUCAGUACGAUGUAUUCGCAAGUGACUGGUCGAGCCGAUGCUUGAUGGAACUGUGCGGUGGCAGAAUGUGUUCGUAGCUGCUGUGUGGUGGUGAUGGCGGUGAGGGCAGCAGCGGUGGGAUGAUCGACGGGCAUCGGGAGUGUGUUGCUUAAAUCAUUUCAUCACUCCACUCGUCGCGAGGACCGCCAUUUGGCCCUAUGCGAAUCAAUUUUGAUUAAUAUCGAAAGAUGCUGUGGAUUUGGCCAGAAGUGCCCGACUGAGAACAACCUGGAACUGAGUAAUAUACAUCAGCAGUAUGAGUAGCAUCAAAGUCCUAUAUGUAACUAUUUUCUUCCAUCCUGUGACCGUCGCUGGGGUUGUACAGUUUGACAUGUUCUAUACAUUCUUAAGCUGAAUCAGUCCUUUCGUCUGCUGAAAUUUAACUGCGUCCAAGUAUAUCCUUUCAGGUGAAGUAAGGAACCUGAUAAUCACAGCGCAAUAGCGUUGUCCAGUACCCUCGCUUUUGUCUCAGCAUUCAUAGAAAGACUCCCAAUGUUAUUAUUCUGUUUUAUACCCUCCCAUUGCCAGUCGCCCUUCAAAUGGGUUUUGAAUCCAUUCAUAGCGUCUUGGGUAAGCGAAUUUCACCCCCUUCUGCCAUGCCUGUGAACUAUACAGCUAAAUGUUUGUUAACAGUAUGCCAGCCAUUUCGCGAUGUGCACUCCCCAGGUAUAUCGAGCCCCGUACUUCAUUGGAAAGCAACCAUAAAACCGAUGGUUGCCAACUGCACCCCUACCACAUACUUAUUAUCCUUAGGAAAAGAAAUUCUUUGGGAAACAGCAAACUUGAUUGUGUAAAUUUUAGAGACUGGUUCCCCAGCUCUAGACUGAGUGUGACAAAAGGAUUCUAUGGUUGGUUAAGGUCAUCUUCUCGGGAUCUGUCCUUGACGAUUUUGUAUGUGGCAUCUAAAUCGAUAUGCCGGUUGAUGCAUGCCUCAUCUGAGUGCAUUGCCUCCGGGAAUUCGCAGCCUUGAUGAUGAUGCUGAUGAUGAUGACGACGACGAUGAUGAUGAUCAUGAUGAUGACGACGAUGAUAAUGAUGCCGCUGCUGCUGAUGAUGAUGGUGGUGGUGGUGGUGAUGAUGAUGGUGGUGAUGAUGAUGAUGAUGGUGGUGGUGGUGGUGGUGGUGGUGGUGAUGAUGAUGAUGGUGGUGGUGGUGGUGGUGAUGAUGAUGAUGAUGAUGGUGGUGGUGGUGGUGGUGAUGCUGAUGGUGAUGAUGAUGACGAUGAUGAUGAUGAUGAUGAUGAUGAUGAUGAUGAUGAUGAUGAUGAUGAUGAUGAUGAUGAUGAUGAUGAUGAUGAUGAUGAUGAUGAUGAUGAUGAUGAUGAUGAUGAUGAUGAUGAUGAUGAUGAUGAUGAUGAUGAUGAUGAUGAUGAUGAUGCACCGUUUCAUCUUCCUAAUAUCUCUCAGGAUGCCUGUUUUUCACUUAUUAUUCUGUAG